ACCAGCCCAGCCCAAAGCCCAAAGCCCAAAGCCAGAUGCGCUCUUAGCGAACCGGAGAGAAAGAAAAUCGAAGAAAGAGCUCGCGACGAAGGCAAGAAGCUGCCGACGAAGAGCGAACACCAAGCCAUCAGCCGCGCCGCGCGUCCAGCCGUCCUUCCUCUCCGGGAUCUGCCUGACUGCCUCCAGCUCUGGCGCAGCCUUGCAGACCUGUUGCAAUGGAUGUUAUUUUAUACUUUGUACAUUACAUAUUGGCCCCCGCUGGAUGGUAAUGCUAGAUCCGCCCCUGGAUGCUGGACGAAGCUCUAUUAACAGGAGUAUCUCUCUUCUGCAAAGUGAAAAAUAAUUAUAGAGAGAGGGGAAACUCGGACCAUUUCUGUAGCCUCUGUUGGAUUUACUCUGUAAAAUGGCAGUUGAAUUUGGUAGAGCUCUUCCACACAUUCUGAUUGCGCUUGCUUUUCAUUCUACCAUGUGUGUAUGCUCUUCAAUUUCUUAUCAGGAUACUGACAACAACUACAAAGUAAACUUUAACAAACACAACUCCAGUUUGUUGCCUUGUUAUACAAGAUACAUCUUAGAGUCUUAUUUCAGAGAGUAUGAGAGUUGCAGUGAUUCCAAUUUCCAAGAGUAUAUGGUGCAUAGGAUCCCUUUUGGGUCAGAAAGAACAUUUGGCAGGCUAUGGAACUUUGAACGCCGUCUGAUUGGAGAAGGUUCUCAUCGCCGCCUAUCUUCAUUUAUCAGAUUCAGCAUUCAUCAAGAUUGGAUAGCUGAUAUUUCCUUUCAGACGUGUGAGGUCAUACUCAUUGAGAAAUUGCCUCUUGGGGUUUUUGCAGACCCUUUUGAGCUUGAACAUCUUCUUCAGCGUGGAGUUCUCAGAGACGGUUUUGUUUUUGGAGAUGCAAAUUUGGAAUUACCUUCUUUUCUUUCCAACCAGUCAAUAGUUGAAGUUCACUUAGAAGCAGCCUUUGAUGAAUUGGCACAGAAGGAGAUUGUAAAAGAGUUCAAUGUAGAAAUCCCGAUACAUGCACGAUAUUCUCACCACGAAGAAAGCGGAUAUUCAAAAGUCAGAUUUGGAGUUGCUGACUUAUUUCUUCGGUGCAAGAAGCAAGGGGAGUCAGCUGCUGAAAGAUGUGUGUUAAAACCUAUUGGUAGCAGUGUGAGUCUGAACGAUGAUGAAAUCGUGUGGAGCAUACCAGCAGAUGAGUUUAACUCAAGAAGAAAAGGAUGAUGCCACGGCGGAAGAGGAUAUGAUAUUUAACACGGCGUCAAGUUCAAGUGAAAAUGGAUCACUCAAGUUUGAUAUGUCUCAACAACAACAAAUGCAUGAAAUUCGAGAAAGAAUUGCUAAUGCAAUGUGGGAUGAUUAUAAAGUAUGAGAUGUCCAAGUACGACUAUCGUUAUGAUAAACAUAAUCUCACUUAUUGAAUUUUCAGUGUUGGGGAACAUUUAUGUUAAGUUUUUGUGUUAUCAAGCAUUUGUAAUUGUGCAUUUCUUUUACAAAUAUUUAGUCAACGUUUUCUGGUAAAAA